AUGCCCUUCGGCUUAAAAAAUGCGGGAGCAACGUAUCAACGACUCGUCAACAAGAUGUUCGCCGAGCAACUCGGCAGGACUAUGGAAGUUUACAUAGACGAUAUGCUCGUCAAGUCGCAGCGCGCAAGCGACCAUAUCACUCAUCUGCGACAGUGCUUUGAUACUCUGAACAAGUAUGGAAUGAAGCUAAAUCCGGCCAAAUGCACAUUCGUAGUCAAAUCAGGGGAGUUUCUCGGAUACUUGGUAACUAGGCGAGGUAUUGAAGCAAACCCAAAGCAAAUCAAGGCGACCAUUGACUUACCGUUGCCAAGGAACGCUAGAGAAGUGGCGAAUCAAGUUGAGGAAAUCAACGCGAGGUACCCACAAGGGAACGGACAAGCUGAGGCAACAAUCAAAACUAUACUCGACGGCUUGAAGAAAAGGUUGGACGCCAAGAAAGGUGCCUGGGCCGACGAGCUUGACGGAGUGCUCUGGUCCUACCGCACAACCCCGAGGCAAGCAACUAACCAAACUCCGUUCUCCCUAGCUUACGGAAUGGAAGCAAUGGCACCCGCCCAAGUCGGCAGUACGAGUCUCCGACGAACAAUGCUCGUCCAAGACACCGCACUCAAGAAUCAGAUGCUCCUGGAUAGACUCGACGAAUUGGAAGAGGAACACUAUAAGGCACUUAUGCGAAUCCAUAAUUAUCAGCUCGCCGCAGCCAAGUACUACAACAAGAAAGUCCAUAAUUGA